UAUACCCAGGGUCAGGCAGGGAGCGGGCGAGUAGCCGAGGGCAGGAGGGCCGGGGUUGUAUAGGCCACAGCGAGGCCGAGUGUGCGGGCAGGUGGGACUUGGGCGUGUCCACUGUAUCUCCAGUGUCCCAGGCGGCAUCUCGCUGUCCCCUGCUAGGGACGAUGGCACCUCUCGGCCACAUCUUGGCUCUCUCCGUGGGUCUCCUCACCAUGGCCAAGGCAGAAGCUCCGAAGGAACACGACCCAUUCACCUACGACUACCAAUCCCUGCGGAUCGGAGGCUUAAUCAUCGCGGGGAUCCUCUUCAUCCUGGGCAUUCUCAUCGUCCUCAGCAAAAGAUGCCGGUGCAAGUUCAACCAGCAGCAGAGGACCGGGGAACCGGAUGAAGAGGAGGGGACUUUCCGCAGCUCCAUCCGCCGUCUGUCCACCCGCAGGCGGUAGAGACACCUGGCGCGAUGGAACCCAGCCAGGUCCUGCAGCUCCGACUAGG